ACCUUAACCUUAACAUGGUUCAUACGAAAACUCUCAUUUUCUUAUGACUAUGUAUGAGUAUGACAGGAACAUAUUCACGCAUAAGCUGCAUGGUUCACCAACUUGGUUCCAUGUCGGAGCUGAAACAAGUCCAAGCCAUGAUCACCAAAUCAGGCCUUCAGUCUCACCUUCCCUUCACUACCAAGUUAAUAUUCUUUUCUGCACUUUCUCCGAUGGGAAACCUCUCCCAUGCUCACUCCCUCUUCCUACAAACUUCCAUGCACAGCUCCUUCCUUUGCAACACCAUCAUUCGAGCCUUUGCCUACUCUCCCUACCCCCUCCAAUCUCUACACGUCUACAACCACAUGCAAACCUCCAACGUUGUCACCGACCAUUUCACCUACAACUUUGUACUCAAGGCUUGUUCCAAAGCACACAAAUUUGUCCAAGAAUUCGGCACGUGUGAUGAGUUCAUCCUUGUCUCCAAAGGGUGUGAAAUUCACUGCACGGUUCUCAAACUGGGGUUUCAUCAAGACCCCUCUAUACAGAACUCUUUGCUCUAUAUGUACUCCCAAUGCGGGUUACUCCAUGUUGCCCAACACUUGUUUGAUGAAAUCAGUAACAGAAGUUUGGCUUCUUGGAACAUCAUGAUAUCGGCGUAUGAUCGUGUCAAGGAUUCUGAAGCGGCUGAUUGCCUUCUUGAAUCAAUGCCACAAAGGAAUGUUGUUUCAUGGAACACUGUGAUUGGGAGGUACAUUAGGUUAGGUGAUAUUGAGGGUGCAAGGAGGGUGUUCCAUGGUAUGCCUGAGAGGGAUGUUGUGUCAUGGAAUUCUAUGAUUGCUGGUUGUGUGUCUGUUAAGGAUUAUGCAGGAGCGUUGGAACUGUUUUCUGAGAUGCAAAAGGAUGAAGUAAAACCGACGGAAGUAACGUUUAUUUCAGUUCUGGGUGCCUGUGCUGAAACUGGUGCUCUGGAAAUGGGAAGCAAAAUACACGAGUCUCUCAAAAGGUGUGGGCAUAAAAUUGAAGGGUAUUUAGGAAACGCCCUUCUGAACAUGUAUUCUAAAUGUGGGAAUUUGAGUUCAGCUUGGGAGGUAUUUAAUGGAAUGAGGAUAAAACCUGUGAGUUGUUGGAAUGCUAUGAUUGUUAGUUUGGCUGUCCAUGGUUACUGCGAGGAAGCUCUGCAGUUGUUUUCAGAGAUAGAACAUGGGUUUCGUACUGUUAGGCCGAACCGGGUAACAUUCCUUGGUGUUUUGAUUGCUUGUAGUCACAAGGGUUUGGUAGAUAAAGCAAGAUGGUAUUUUGAUCAUAUGGUGAAGAAGUAUAAAAUUCUGCCUGAUAUCAAGCAUUAUGGUUGCAUGGUUGAUCUUUUAAGCAGAUUUGGUUUGUUGGGAGAGGCACAUCAGAUGAUUAAGACUGCUCCUUUCCAAAAUGGUGGCAUUUUAUGGAGAACAUUGCUGGGUGCUUGUAGGACACAAGGUAAUGUGGAGUUGGCUAAGGUGUCUUUUCAACAACUUGCCAAAUUGGAGGGUCUAACAGAUGGAGAUUAUGUGUUGUUAUCUAACAUUUAUGCUGAAGCUGAGAGAUGGGAUGAGGUUGAGCGAGUCAGGAGUGAAAUGAUUUGCUUGCAUGUUCCCAAGCAAGUUGGGUACAGCCAAAUCGAUGUGACUGAAUCUGAUAAGCUUUCUGAACAAACUAUUGGCCUCCUCCUGAAACUUGAUAUUUCUUAGCUUUGUCCAUAUUGUGGGGACAGUCAAAGACUCUGGUAUGACUUCAUUUCUUCAUGUGAUACUGUUACUCUUGUUUAUUUUCAUCUUUUAUAGAAAAACUUAAGUGAGUGUAAUUUGCGUUUACUCCAAAAUCUGAAAGGAUUAGAACGUGUUCUUACCUGUUAAUCCUGUAGUUUUAUAAAAUUCCAUUUUGUUUCUUGAGUACUGAUAUUUUUUCUGCUUUAUUCUCCAGUUUAUGAUUGGAUGCAAUUUAUUCCCAUCUUGUUUAUAAGGACUAGAAUACAUUCAAUCGGAUAGUAAGGAGGUUAGAUUGAAAAAUAAAAAUUAAAUUAAACGAAUGUGAAUAACUCUCAGAGACUUGAAUUAUACUAAGUUUGCUUUCUGGUAAAUUGCUUUAUGUUCGAAGUUGGCUGCAGAUGAGGAUGAGUUUUAUAUCCCAUUUUCUUUCAUCGGAGAAACAGUAAUGUCGUUCCCAUACUUCUUAGGCACCAUGAAAGGAAUCUAAGCUUAAAUUAGAAAAGGAUCCUGAAGGGCUUGCACCUAAUCUCGAUCUUAAUCCACCUAACUAGGAAGGCUCUUUUGGGAACAUAUAAAGAUGAUUCAGGAGAAUGUCACUUGAAUAUGGAGGUUCAAUUACAUCAAGAGUAAUGUGUGCUACUCCAACAUCAAUGACCAUUGUGAUUUGGCUAGCAUCGUUCACAUGAAUUUAGAGUUCUAGCUGAAGUCCUGACAGCUUAAAUGGCAUAUCAAGAAAUUGACCAUGGCAAAACAGUGCUUACUUCAUAGUCUACACAGUACUGGUAAAUGUUCUUAAAAAUCUGAUCCAAGGUAUAACAAGGUUCCAAGAAAUGAAAGAGAUGCCUUGGAGUGCCAUCCAAUAUGCAAAGAAUAUGCUGUUGCGGCAAAAGUCAUCUUCUGAUCCAAGAGAAGAGUAACGACAUGUAAUCUUCAAAACUUCCAUUUGAAUCAGGGAGAUCGCUCGAGACAAGAUAUUUAUCUUGUUAUCAUUUUUCUCCUCUCGUUUGCUAGAGAUUAGGUUUCUUUACUUGAAAGCAUUGUAUCAGAAGAGUUACACCACGCUGAAGAGCAAAGACUAAGGUGGGUGUAUUGGAUUAGAAUUUUAAAAGACUUUUUUAGUUAAAAAAAAUCCUGCGGAUUUUAAAAGACUUUGCAGGAUUUUCAUGA